UGGCGGGUUCGUUCCCUUUCUUCCAUGUUCCCACUCUUUCAAAUUUCAACGCAUAGAGAAGCGAUGAAGAAAAUCUCAGAAAUUCACAUUAAAGAUCACUUCCAGACUCGAAAAUCUCCAAGUACGAGAGGCUUUAAUGGAGGUUUGAGCUCUAAAAGUUUGUCUUCUUCCUGGAUUUUUCAUGAACAAGCUCCAAAAGAUACGAGAAGAGUGAAAAGAGUAAGAUUUACAGAUCCUGAUACUGUUUACCAAUACAAUUGCAAGCCUGAUGCUUCAUCAAUACCUUCCAAAGGAACACAGAGUAAAAAAUUUGAUGAUCCAAAAACUUCAGAGUAUGCAUUUUAUAAAAGACUAAGGGUAGGUACAGAACGGAAUUUUCACUUUCAUAAUCAGGAUGGUCAAUUGAAGAAAGUUGAAGCAAGUAAUUGUUCAGGAGUCAUGACUUUUGGUAAUUCCUACCAUCCAGUGGUGGAUCACUUGGCCAAAUACAGAUGUGAAGAUGUGAGACCGCUGUUGCCAGUUAUGGUUACACCCACAGAAUUAAGGUCAUCCCUUUGCUUAGGUGAAGCCUCAAAGAACCAAGUCACAGUAACAAUUCCCUCAAAGCAUUUAGAGGCCCCCCAUAACAGCCACGAGGAAAUCUUUCCUAGAAAGCGACGGAAAUUAUGUCAGUGGGUUGCAGAGACAUCAUCUCUUGAUGUUGAUGAGAUCUCUUCAAAGGGGUAUGAUGUGGUUUCAGUGCUCCUUCAGCGGCUGGUCCCUCAGAGCAAUGCAAGCAAAAGAUGCAUGCCUCCAAGUUCAAGGUAUAAGGGAUUGACUACCAGAUCUCAGUUGAUUGCUUCUUCUAACUCAGAUACGCACUUUGGGGAGCACCCUUGGACCCCAACUCCAAGUAUGCACUUCAUUGAACCUACAUCUGGGCUAUGUUUGGAUGAUGAUACAUCAGAAUGUCGAUCUAACAAGUAUGGGGUGGUUACUAGCUUACAAUGGGAUACUGUGAAUUCUGAGACUCUCUCAACUAGGAAUGAGGAUAUAUUUGAUUCACAAUGGGGUAUUCUGGACUCUGACUCUCUUUCAACUAGGAAUGCUGACAGAUUUGAUCUCCAAUACAGGAAGGUGCAACCUUAUUGUGCUUCAGAUGAUGAAAAUGCUACAGAUUUGCACACUAAGAUGAAACCAUGCUGGUUUACUGAUAUGGAAAAAGAUUCACUCAAAAGAAAUGGAUCUCUUCCUCCGGAUCAAGUAUUGAGUACCAAAUCUCAGUUAAUUGCUUCUUCUGACUCAGAUAUGCACUUUGAGGAGCUUCCUUGGACCCCAACUCCAAGUAUGCACUUCAUUGAACCUACAGCUGGGCAACAUUUGGAUGAUGAUAAAUCAGAACGUCAGUCUAACAAGUCCGGGGUGAUUACUAGCUCACAAUGGGAUUCUACAAACUAUGCGACUCUCUCAACUAGGAACACUGACAAAUUUGACUCGCAAUGGGAUAUUCUGAACUCAGACUCUCUUUCAACUAGGAAUGCUGAUAUAUUUGAUGUCCAAUACAGGAAGGUGCAACCUUAUUGUGCUUCAGACGAUGAAAAUGCUACCGUUUUGCAGACUGAGAUGAAACCAUGCUGGUUUACUGAUAUGGAUAGAGAUUCACUCAAAAGAAAUGGAUCUCUUCUGCAGGAUCAAGUACCAAUACCAUCCAAACUGGAGUACUCUUUGCAAAACAGUUUUUCUUCUCUUUGGGACUCCCCAAACUUUGGCCCAAGUGACAACUUGAGUUUUCCUGCACUGGAUGAAUUUCAUAAAAAAAAAGAAUUUGCAAUAGGAAUUGAGCACCUUACUCAAUUUCUAGAUCAUAAUGAUGGUGAUUCAUGCAAUUCAGUGGUAAAGGCGAGUCCCAUUAGGACAAUUUUAUUAAGAGACGAUCAUGAGCAGUGUCUGAGAAAAUUUGACGCAAUUGGAUUGGACUCUUUACCUUUCCCGGCCAUCCAUCAUUCUGCAAGCAUGAAUUCUUUAUUGGACUUCUGGUCAGAAAGAUUUCACAACCAGGCUAUUGGAAGAUCCUUUGAAGAAAAUAAUUGUUCAGUUGCAAUGAUGAACGGUCUUCCAUUAACUUUCUCUUGUUAUCAGAGCUACCUCUCUCAAGGCUGCAGGUUGCUUGGAAAUUAUAGAGGCAAUGGUCUCUUCAAUUGUCCACAUACUCGUCACAGCUUUACAAGCCAAGUUUUUAGGGAGAAGCUUUGUCCAAAUGUUGAUACUCUUGUACAACCUUCUGGACUGGAUUCUGAUUUUGGAUGUAAAAGUUUGUUAAUGAAUGAUUCUCUUGGAGAACAUCAAUCAUCAGUCUCUCCUAAUUGCAGAUUUAACGGAAUGCAGACUCAAGAUGUAUCCUCUCCCAUUCUUACUGAGGAACAAAGCAAGUGGAGCGUGGAUGACUCGAGUGAAACUGAAAUGGGAAGUCAUUUUGCUGAGGAAAUAUUUAAUGUACACGAUUCAUCAUCCUCAAAUUUCAGGAUCUCUCUGAAAAGGGAGAGUGCCCUCUCACUCUUAUUCGACAAAUCUAGCUCUGGAUGGAUGUAAUGUAGAAGUAUACUUUGAUUGUAGUAAAUAUAAGUACAGAUUAUGCUUCCCAGGUUUGCCUUGUGUACUUAUCAUGCAUGGGCUACAGGUAUAUUUUUGUUA